GAUGAAGUCAAUCAGCGUUCUCUUCGUGGUGACCAUGGUUGGCGCCAUCGCCAUGGCAGAAGAAAGUGAACGGAGUGAACGCAGUGUUACAACAGACAAUCAUCCUUUCUCGCACCUGUGUGAAUCGCAGCCUGAUAAGUUUUUGUGCGCAAACUGCAAAACCAUGGUUCAAUGUGUGAAAGGGCAAGCCUUCACUCGUCACUGUAUCGAGAAUCAUUACUGUUCGGAAAAGUCAGAAUUUGGAGGGGCUGUCUGCUACCCGGAUGAACCUGUAGCUUGCACAUGUACAAAAGCUAAUGACUUCCGCGUGGACCCCUAUGAUCCCCAGAGGUUCUUCUCGUGCAAGGACAUUGGAUCCCUACCGGAGAGCUACAAGUGCCCAGACGGCAUGGCAUUCGAUGAAGCUUCGUCCCAGUGUCAGAACGUGGGUGGCCUACCUCCAUGCACGGUUUCCGGCAUCUUUGCUAACCCUAAGGACUGCAGCGAAUACUACUCCUGCAUUUCACUCCGGCACGGAUGGCUGCAGAAGACUUUCCAAUGUAGCACUAACCUGAUGUACAACCAGAGAACUGGCACUUGUGAAGAUCCUUGCUCUUACCAGUUCGUGUGCCAACAAGAAGGACGUUACCCUGACCUUCUCGACAAGCGUAAUUACUUUGAGUGCUAUAUGCAUGCAGGUGCCUUAACGCAAGUACGUUAUCAGUGCCCUGAAGCAUACAUGUGGGAAAUAAUUUCCCCUGGCGUGGGCAAAUGCGUGGAGGACCAUGGACAGAGUAGCUCUGACAAUGCCUUCGGCCAGUGCGUGAUCCCGGCUAACUUGUGUCCAACUUCCUAAAGAAAGAUCCCCUGGUCCCAACUUACACACAUCCGAUAAGUGGACCAGGCCUGGACUUCGAUUGUAUCUCAAAUUUUAAAAAUAAAUUAUUUUUGGAGUUCUAA